UGCCCACUGUCUCCUCAGGGCCGCAGCCUGCUGCCCCGUCCCGUCCCCUUCCUUGUCCCAUCCUAGUUCCCAUCCCCUGGCGCAGGUGACCCUGCCUGGGUAUGGCCGGGCUGGAGGUCGCCACGCUGACCCUCACGCUCCUGGAGGUGGCCCUGGUGGGGGCGGGGGCCCAGGGGACAACCCACAGGAACCCUGACUACUUGGUGCAGGAGAGCUGGAGUCCGGAGCCCUACUCGCACCCUGAGCUCUACUCUCCACCGCCCCCAGAGUCUGGGGAGGAGGGGGAGCAGGAGCCCCGCCCUCCGGGGCCCAGGCCCCCCAAGAAGCCCACCAAGCCCAGGAGAGGUCCCCGGAGGGAGAAGCUGGCUCCAGAGACUCCGCCAUCAGGUAAAAGUGGCAGCAGGAAAGGCGUGAGAACCAAGAGCGUGGAGAAAGCUGCAGCUGGUGAGACCAGCAUCCCCAUGACCCCUGAGGACGCCUGGGAAGAUUGUCCGCCGCUUGGGUUGGAGAGCCUCAAGGUCACAGACUUCCAGCUGCAUGCGUCCACCACCAAGCGCUAUGGGCUGGGGGCACACCGCGGGCGUCUCAACAUCCAGGCAGGGGUCAAUGAGAAUGAUUUCUAUGACGGGGCGUGGUGUGCUGGGAGAAACGACCUUCACCAGUGGAUCGAGGUGGACGCCAGGCGCCUGACCAGGUUCACUGGCGUCAUUACGCAGGGGAGGAACUCUCUCUGGCUGAGUGACUGGGUGACUUCCUAUAAGGUCAUGGUGAGCAAUGACAGCCAUACAUGGGUCACAGUUAAGAGUGAAUCUGGAGACAUGAUCUUCGAAGGCAACAGCGAGAAGGAGGUCCCGGUCCUCAACCGGCUGCCCACGCCAAUGGUGGCUCGCUACAUUCGCGUCAACCCGCGCUCCUGGUUUGACAACGGGAGCAUCUGCUUGAGGAUGGAGAUCUUGGGCUGCCCGCUGCCAGAUCCAAAUAACUAUUAUCACAGGCGGAAUGAAAUGACCACGACUGAUGACCUGGAUUUUAAGCACCACAACUACAAGGAAAUGCGGCAGCUGAUGAAGGUGGUGAAUGAGAUGUGUCCCAAUGUCACCAGAAUCUACAACAUCGGCAAGAGCCAGCAGGGCCUCAAGCUGUACGCGGUGGAGCUCUCUGACCAUCCCGGGGAGCAUGAAGUUGGGGAGCCCGAGUUCCACUACAUGGCGGGCGCCCACGGCAACGAGGUGCUGGGCCGCGAGCUGCUGCUGCUGCUGGUGCAGUUCCUGUGCCGCGAGUACCUGGCGGGCAACGCGCGCAUCGUGUGGCUGCUGGAGGAGACGCGUGUCCACAUCCUGCCCUCACUCAACCCCGACGGCUACGAGAAGGCCUCCGAGGGGGGGUCGGAGCUGGGCGGCUGGUCCCUCGGACGCUGGACCCAGGAUGGGAUUGACAUCAACAACAACUUCCCUGACUUGAACACGCUGCUCUGGGAGGCAGAGGGCCGGCCCCAGGGACCUCGAAAAGUCCCCAACCACCACCUUGCCAUCCCCGAGUGGUUCCUGUCUGAAAACGCUACGGUGGCAGUGGAGACCAGGGCCGUCAUCUCCUGGAUGGAGAAGAUCCCCUUUGUGCUGGGUGGCAACCUGCAGGGCGGUGAGUUGGUGGUGGCCUACCCCUUCGACAUGGUGCGGUCCCCCUGGAAGACACAGGAGGCCACACCCACGCCCGACGACCACGUGUUCCGCUGGCUGGCCUACGCCUAUGCCUCCACCCACCGCCUCAUGACCGAUGCCCGCAGGCGGGUCUGCCACACCGAGGACUUCCAGAAGGAAGAUGGCACCAUCAAUGGCGCCUCCUGGCACACUGUGGCCGGAAGCCUCAACGACUUCAGCUACCUUCACACCAACUGCUUCGAGCUGUCCAUCUACAUGGGCUGUGACAAGUUCCCGCAUGAGAGCGAGCUCCCGGAGGAGUGGGAGAACAACCGGGAGUCCCUGAUCGUGUUCAUGGAGCAGGUGCAUCGAGGCAUCAAAGGCAUGGUGAGAGACACCCACGGGAGAGGCAUCCCCGGCGCCAUCAUCUCUGUGGAAGGCAUUAACCAUGACGUCAGAACAGCCAGCGACGGGGACUACUGGCGCCUCCUGAACCCCGGUGAGUACGUGGUGACUGCCAGGGCGGAGGGCUUCACCUCGGCCACCAGGAACUGCAUGGUCGGCUACGACAUGGGUGCCACGCGCUGCGACUUCACGCUCGCCAAGACCAACCUGGCCCGCAUCCGCGAAAUCAUGCAGAAGUUUGGGAAGCAGCCCCUCAGCCUGCCGGCCCGGAGGUCCAAGCUGCGGGGACGCAGGAGGCGGCAGCGGGGGUGAACCCCAGGACCCUAAGAAACCACCUGGACCCCCGUGAAGCUGCCCCGGUGCCAGCUCCCUGCAGGGCCUGUGCCCACUCCCCUGGGAGACAUACCUGGGAAAGCGUGGGCCUUGCAGAGCAGGACCGGCAGCCUGGGAUCAUCUUGUCUCUCUUCUUCGUCCCUUUGUAUCUGCAUGACCUGGACAGAGCAGCAGGGAAAGUUCUGGAAGGGGGUGCCGGGUGGUGGUGGCGGCAGUGGUAGUGCAUCUGGCAGAGUGCGUAUGUUACCAUGCUCAAGAACCUGGGUUCGAGCCCCCACCCCCCACCUCCAGGGAAGACACGUGAUGAGCAGUGACUCAAGACUGCAGGUGUCUCUCUUUCUCCCCCUCCCUUCCCCUCCUCUCUCAAUUUCUCUCCAUCUCUAUCCAGUAAAUAAAUAAAAUAUUUAUAAGUAA